CGCGCGGCGGCCAUGUGGUGCGGGGGGUCGGAGCUGGGCCCGGCCGCACAGCCCAGGCUGGCGCGCUUCGCGCAGCUCAGAGGAAAAACCGUGAAACCUGGACAAUUCUGGGACGUCGUGGUACUAACCGCCGCUGACGAGAAACAGGAAUUUGCUUACGAACAACAGCUGUCCUCAAAGCUAAAAAGAAAGGAACUUCCCUUAGGUGUUCAUUAUCAUGUUUUCGCUGACCCUGCUGGAACCAAGAUCGGAAAUGGAGGAGCAACUCUCUGUGCCCUUCAACGUUUGGAGGAACUACAUAGAGAUAAAUGGAAUUGUUUCACCAUCCUAUUAAUUCACUCUGGUGGUUAUAGUCAACGCCUUCCCAAUGCAAGUGCCUUGGGAAAGAUUUUCACAGCUCUGCCUCUGGGUGAUCCGAUAUUUCAGAUGUUGGAACUAAAAUUAGCCAUGUACAUUGACUUUCCGGCCCACAUGAAUCCUGGAAUUCUGGUUACCUGCGCUGAUGAUAUCGAACUUUAUGACACGGGGAAAACAGAGUUCAUUAAGUUUGAUAAACCUGGCUUUACCGCAUUAGCCCAUCCUUCCGAUUUAGGUAUAGGUACAUCCCAUGGGGUGUUUGUCUUAGAGCACUCUGAUGCUUCAGAGUAUCCCGAUCUCGAAUACCAAACUUGUAAUCUUUACCUCCAUAAGCCUACAGUCGAAAAGAUGCAUCGGUCUCGUGCUGUGUACAGAAAAAAAUAUGGUCCCACAGGAGAGGCUCCAGCAAACUCGCGCUCAUUUGAUGACUUAUUCAGUGAGUAUGUGUUCACAGAUAGCCUAUAUUAUAUGGAUCAUGCUUCAGCCAAAAAGCUGCUGGCCUUUUAUCAAGGGCUGGGUACCCUUAACUGUGAAAUAGAUGCUUAUGGUGACUUUCUACAGGCUCUAGGGCCCAAAGCGACCAUCGAUUACACCAGAGACGCAUCGAACGUCACAAAGGAAGACUCCGAGUUGGUAGGAAUAAGAGAGAAGAUAUUUCUCCUCCUUAAAGGAACGCCGCUCAAUGUCGUAGUCCUCCGUAACUCCAAAUUUUAUCACAUCGGGACCACUCUAGAGUAUUUACACUGUUUGACUGUCAGCAGCCUGAAAUCCGAGCUUGGCUUACUUUCCGAAGCUUUCAGCAUCGUUCCGGGGAAAUCAGGAUGCCUCUCCCCGAAACCGUGUAUAAUUCAAAGCGUUCUUGAUUCAAGCAGUUCUGUGGCCCGGGGCUCAGUUGUGGAAUAUUCUAGGCUGGGGCCAAAUGUUUCCGUAGGAGAACUGAGCCUCAUCAGCGGGGUUUGCAUUGUAGAUGAAAUGGAACUACCCUCAAAUGUUUUUGUGUGCUCAUUAAGCCUAAAACUCAGCGAGCAUGUAACGUUUGCCACCAUGGCAUGCGGGGUGAGAGACGACCCGAAAAGGAGUGUAAAAGGGCUCGCGGAUCUGCAGUCCCUUCAGUUUUUUGGAGUUGGUUUUCCGGACUGUUUAACGCUCUGGAACCUGCAAGUGACGGAAGAACGAUUCUCUGGUGAUAAGGCGCGUUUGAGUUUGUGGACCGCUCGGAUUUUCCCGGUGUGCUCUUCGCUGAGCGAUUCCGUAGCCGUGUCCCUAGGAAUGCUCGGUGCUGUGACGAGCAGGAAGUCUUUCCCGCUGAGCGGCUACAGGCUUCUGUCGAUGGAAGAAAUGCUUAUCUACAAAGAUGUAGAAGACAUGAUGAAAUUCAGGGAGCAAAUUUAUGAAGAAAUCGUUGGGCAGAGAGAGCAGUCUGGUUUGUGAAAGUUUCAUUAUUUGCACUUUUCUUCCAUUUAAUGUAAGGAUGAUUGUCAGCACCCCUAGGUCGCGUGUAUUUUUUGAUCGUUUCACCAAAGCAGAAACAGUGAAAGUGUAUUAGUGUUGUUACUGUAGCAUGACACUAAUAAUGUAAAAAUAUAGAUAAACCCUUCACUCGAUGAGGGCCUCAAUUAAAUAUUUCAGUUCUAAAAAUUCAGAAAGCAACGUAUUUUCUUAGACCAUUCCUGUUUUGGGAAUUUCCUUUGGGUGUGGACCAGAGAUUAUGGGUUUAGUUCCCUGGUGGUUUUCACUGUAGCACCUAGCUCUAUGACUUGGCAUACCAUAUUCAUUCAUUCAUUCAAUCGUACUUAUUGAGUGCUUACUGUAUGUAGAGUACUGGACUAAGCACUUGGGAAAGUACAAUAUAGCAAUAAAGAGAAACAAUCCCUGCCCACCAUGGAGUUCUUUGUACCCCUGUUCAUGGUUUCAUUUCAGAAAGGAGUUGAAAGGGUCUUAGACCAUUAUUUUGUCUAAAGAAUGCUAAGGUAUUUGUCCCAGAUUUAAAUGAGGGAGAGGUGAAAUGAAGACACUUUGGAAUUCAGUAAAACUUUACUCCAUCCUAAAUCGCCUCAACCGCUCAACUGCCUUUGACAAUGUGGACCACCCCCAAAUUGUGGGAAUCUCUCAAGACUCAGUUCUGGGUCCCCUUCUCUUCUUCAUCUACACCCAAACCCUUGUAGAAGUCAUUCACACCCGUGGCUUCAACUGCCAUCCCUACUCAGAUGAUUCCCAAAUCUAAUCUCCAGCCGUGACAUUUAUUCUCCUCUGCAGUCUCAGAUUUCCUCCUGCCGUCAAGGAAUGAAUGAAUCUCUAAAAUGGAUGCCCUGCUGAUUCAUAACACGCCCAAAAUGGAAUUCAUCUUCCUCCCCCUGACUUUUCCAUCACCGUAGACAGCACAACCAACCUCCGUCUCACAAGCUCAAACCAUGGCAUUUUCCUUGAGUCACCUCGCUCAUUCAACCUGCGUAUUCAGUCUGUCACCGAACCCUGCCGGUUUUACCCUCCACAUCGCUAAAAUCUGUCCAAACUGCCAUUACGUUGAUCCAAGCACUCAUCCUAUCCCAUCUUGAC